GAACGAUUGUCCGCUGAAGGUGACCCAUUGCGUCUCUGUCCGGGCCUGAACCUAGAAGCAAUUGUCUUCAUUCAACUACGGCGGCUUCUUCGGGUCAUAAUUUGCUUUAGCGACCCCUCCCUAUCCCAAUCCGCGCAGUCCGCAUCCACUACAAACACAAUGGUUCACAAAGUCCUCUUCUGGGGCGGCUUCGGCAUUGCCGUCCGACUCUGGCAACUCGGUAUCGAGAUGCGUCCUAUUCUCGCCAAGGAAUCUCUCUGGGUGUACCCUCUGUUCGCUGGCGUCGGUGGAAGCUUCGGCUAUUGGCUACAGGGUGUUGAGGACAGACAGCUCAAGAUUCUCGCUCAACGGCGGGAAGCGAUUCGGGAGAAGCGCCGGAGACGGGACGAACGCGAGGGAAUAUUGGAGGCAGGCACUCUGGCUGCAGUGUCGUGAAAUCACAACGGCUGU